AUGUCCGUUUUCCCGAUUGCCUUGCUUCCCUCCCUGCCCGUUCCCCCCUCUCUUCCCCUCUCUCUCUCCCCUGCCGUCGCUCGUGCGUGCAGCAGCGCUUCUCGCCUUCGUGCUGCCGUCAAUCGCUCUCGCCAGCACCACGGGGGAAGCUCACUUUGCCGCUCAGCUGCUGAACGCCUGUGGAAUGAGAGGCACUAUAAGCAUAUCCAUUUCAAGGUGACUCUUGAGUCGACUCAAAAGUCACCUGGCUUCACCGUCUCGUCUCCCUCCCGUUCCAAGGUGACUCUUGAGUCGACUCAAAAGUCACCUGGCUUCACCGUCUCGUCUCCCGCCCGUUCCAAGUCGCUCGACCACCCAGGUGCUUUCUCUCCUCUCCCAUCUGCCCUCCACUUCCCCCUUACCCUCCUCUCCCCCUCCCCUCCUCUCGCCUCUCCCCUCCUCCCGCCCUCCCGUCUUCUCCCAUCUCCCCUCCACAUCCCCCUUACCGUCCUCCUCCCCACUCCCUUCCCCUUUCCCUGUGCUCCUCUCCACUCCCCCCUCCCUUCCCCUCCCUUUCUCUUUCUUGGAAACCCCAGGUCCAUAUCACGAGGCACGGCCCCGGCCUACACCAUCCGCUUCAGUGCCGCCGUCGCUGGCGCUGAUUCCCCCUCAAGCAACCUCCUCCUCUCGCUGCCACGUGGCGCGCUGCCAUUGGUCCUAUGCCGGGGAUCGGCUGAGUGCCAGUGGGUGGCAACAACGCCGUAUGUGUGGGAGGUGGCAGGGGAGAGGAGGAUGAGAGGCGUGGAUGUGCGGCAGGCGAGGGUGCUGGAAGAAAUGCUAACUGCGGUGGGGGAGGGGGGAGGGAGUGGGGAGGAUAGUGCGGCGGUGGGGGAGGGGAGUGAUGCAGUGGCAGGGUAUGGCGUGCGUGCUGCUGCUGCUGCGGUGGAGGGUGGGGAUGAGGGGCAAUAUGAUUUGGUGGGAGCGCUACAGAGAAGCCGCGAGUACAGUCAUGACAUCAUCAUUCCGCGCUACCCCCCACAGGACCCCCGCCUCGAAGUGCGGCUGGAGGGGGGAAUGGGGGGAAUGGGGGAGAUGGGGGAGAGGGGGGAGAUGGCGGAGGGGUUAUCAGGGGGUGUGCGCGGAGGGGCGUUUAUGCUGGGAGCGUUCAAGUAA